UGCAGGGCGAAAGGGGGCUUCGUUCUGCUCUCCACAUGUCGUUACCUCGUUAUCUGUCUGGCAAAAUACCGUCAAAUGAAAGCAAGUGUCUGUUUUGGUGGGGGGAUUAAACAUCCGAAAGCGAUCGGCUCUGUCUGCGUGAAAUAGGGAAUGAACGACGAGACAGCAUCGGACAGCUGGAAGAGAAACUCCGGGUGCUCCAGUAUUGAGCAAAUGCUGGCUGUGAAUCCCGGAAAGACGCCCAUCAGUCUGCUGCAGGAGUAUGGAACGCGGAUAGGCAAGACCCCAGUGUACGACCUGCUGAAGGCCGAGGGACAGGCCCACCAGCCCAACUUCACGUUCCGCGUCUCCGUCGGAGAGAUCAGCUGCACCGGCCAAGGGCCCAGCAAGAAGGCAGCCAAGCACAAAGCAGCCGAGGCUGCUCUGAAGAUGCUCAAGGGGGGCCUUGGAGGUUCCGUCGGAGUCGGUGUUGGAGUAGACGGGUUUAUUGGGGUUGACGUGUCUGCCGAUGGAGACGGCUCCCAGUCAGAGAUGAAGACCUCAGGCAGUUCUCAGCAGUCUGAAUGUAACCCAGUAGGAGCUCUGCAGGAACUGGUGGUGCAGAAAGGUUGGCGUUUGCCAGAGUACACCGUCACACAGGAGUCUGGUCCAGCACACCGCAAAGAGUUCACCAUGACCUGCAGAGUCGAGAGAUUUGUCGAAAUCGGAAGUGGAACCUCCAAGAAGCUAGCCAAGAGAAACGCAGCAGCCAAAAUGUUAUCGCGCAUACACGACGUCCCGGUGGACCUGAGGACCAGCAACGACGCUGACACAGAAGAUGACACGUUCACUAUGCACAUGGGAAGCAGAGCUGAGUCGAGCAAAAGUAAAGGCUUCAGCUGUACGUGGGACUCGCUGCGAAACUCUGCUGGAGAGAAGAUCCUCCAGCUCCGCAGCCACCCUCUGGGCAUGCCCUCCGACUCCAACUUCUGCUCUCUGCUGAGCGACCUGUCCGCGGAGCAGCGCUUUGACGUCAGCUACCUGGAUCUGGAGGAGCGCAGUCUGAGCGGCCUGUGCCAGUGUCUAGUGGAGCUGUCCACGCAGCCAAUCACGGUGUGCCACGGCUUCGCUCCCAGCAUAGACGCCGCCCGAGCCAAUGCAGCCCACAAUGCACUGCAGUACCUCAAAAUCAUGGCGGGAGGGAAGUGAUGUCAUCUGCCUCCUCACAGACUCGAACUCGCCACGACACAACGCAAGACAGAUUUCGUCUUUGGACGAAGGAAGCGCUUUUGCGAUGAGUUCAAAUAACGUGAAGUACCUCAAAUUUGGAAAUAGAGACAUUUUCUGUCCCCCAAAUGAACCCUUGGAGCAUUCUGGUCACGUCGAUUUCUUGUUAUUGUCAAUGAAGAUUUAGUUGCCAAAAAACUUGAAAUUUUGCAUAUUUGUCACAUAUUAUUUUAAAUGACUUUUUUUUUUUUUUUUAGUAUUUUCAGUUUUUCUUUGCUCAGCAUCCAUGUGCAGCACUGUUUUCUUCCUAAAAUCUAAAGUUUAAAAUAUAUCUAUAAGUGGUGCUCUUGCAGUGCGUUCAAAUAGUUGCAUACUAAUUGUGAUGCAGUAAAAAGGUCAAAGGGGUUUGUCCAAGUUAGGCUGUGGAAUCAGCGAUUAUUGGCGCCUCAUUUAAUCCCCGUUCACAUGGAUGAACAUAAGAAACAAAUUUCCAGCCACGUGCAGAAACGUGGAGAGAAAAGGACUCUGUUGAAUCAGAGGAUGACUAUUUUAAAGACUGCCCUGUUUUCAGAUGAGCUUGUACGAGUAUCGAAAAUGUAGCUUUUGUUAUGAUGCUCUCAAUGUUGGAUUUUUGGACAUUCCCCCCCUCUCUUUUUAAAAUGCUUCAAUAUUGCAGCCAGUUGAAACUCACCAUGUUAUCUUGGGGUGCCAUUAUGAACUCAAAUAAGGAAAUUAACCCUUUCUAAUUAUGUCACUCUUUGGCGUGCACAAAGUAGAAAUCGGGAGAAGGAUCAGUAGACUCAGAUGAGUGACAAGGAUUUGAAUUGUGUUUGUAAUGUGGGAAAUUUUGCCCCUUUCUUGAGUUCCUGGGCUGCUGUUGAUGUUUUCAGAGCAUUUUAGGAACUCUCAACACAAUCACCAGAAGUUUUUUACAUUUACAAACACGGAAAGAGAGAGAGUCGUCAUACUGUGCGUGUUUUUAAUGUGAGGAUAAUUAAAAAAAUACAUUACAGCUAAAUUUAAAAUCUACUUAUUGAUUCCAUUUACUCCUGAAUGUGCAAACAACAUUGUAAAGUGAAACAUGACAGCUUUAAAAUUAUGUCCUGUUACUUCUUUGCAUGAGGAGCUCUAUGAAUCGGUUUUGGUGGAAAACAAAGACAAGAUUAUGAUCAGGAUGAAAUAUCACUGAAACCUCCCAAAGCCUCACUUCUGACCUUCAGAUGUUGUGCUCUUUAUGUCCAGUGUUGUUUCAUUUAUAAUGUCAACCCCUGUGAUUAUUUUCUGUCAAUGUGACUGAUUCCUGUAAUGAUAUUUGAAAACUGAUGAUGGUGAUUCUCCAAGUACUUGUUUUGUCUCGUUGUAUGCAUCCGUCACCAUCCAGUUUACUGUAUUUGAUACAAACCAGAUUCCAAAAAAAGUUGGGACGCUGUGUAAAAUUUAAAACAAUAAAACAGAGUGUGAUAACUUUCUAAUCCUUUUUGCCAUGUACUCAAUUGAAAACAGCACAAAGACAAUAUAUUUAAUGUUUGACCUCAUCAGCUUCAUCGAUUGUUGUAAAUAUCUGCUUAUUCUGAAUUUGAUGCAGCAACACGUUAAAGCAAGGAGCAAUAAAGACCUGGAAAGUUGUGGACUGCUCCAAAAACACAUCUGUUUGGAUCAUUCCACAGGUAAACAGGUUGAUUGGUAACAGGUGAUAGUAUCAUGAUUGGGUAUGAAAGGGGCAUCCUGGAAAGGGUGAGUUGCUCGGAAACACUUUGUCGGUAAACAGAGUUUCACACAGCGUCCAGGCUUUUGUGGAACCAGGGUUGUACUCUGCCUUGCACUCAUCUGAAAUAACUAUUGAAGAUGGUAAACAGUUUGCACUACUUGAAAAGAUAACGUCGUUUGCACAGUGCAGGCUGACCGGGUCUCUGUACCUCCACCCCCGCUGGUAUACAGUGAAGUGUGUUUGAUGUAGCCUCGUUCUCUGAAAAAGCAGAUCUGCAUAUGGUUUUUCUGAUUAUUGAAAUAAGGAACUUAACUGCUGGUUUUUAGUGAAUUUUAUGUGCUGACACCAUUAAAGUCAAUGCUGACAUACAGUUGUAGAAAAACUGUGAACUACAAUGUAAGCUCCAUGUGAUACUGACUUU